AUGGCGCUGGAGGUAGCCGAGGUUCACGCGAAAGCCGGAUUCCACAUCCGGAACUGGAUCUCGAACGACAAAACCGUGCUGGCGCGGAUCGGAGCGGUCAACCCUACGACGGUCAAGAACUUCGUGAUCGAGAAGGAGAACGGAUUCGAGCGUCUGCUGGGAAUGGUGUGGCUGCCCGACGAAGACAUGUUCUCGUUCGCACUGAGCCUGCGAGAGGACAACAUGAAGCUGCUGACUGGAGAGGUGGUGCCGACGAAGACCCAGCUGCUGAGCAUCGUGAUGAGCAUCUACGACCCGAACUGGUUAGUCGCCGUCUUCGUCAUCCACGGAAAAAUACUCGUGCAGGACGUGUGGCGAUCCGGUGUCGGCUGGAAAGACAAAAUCCCGGAGAAGCUCAUCGGACGCUGGAAGCAGUGGAUUGCGCUGCUGCGCAAAAUCGAAACGGUGAGAGUUCCACGUUGCUAUUUCAAGGAUUACGAACCAGCUAGCCUGAAAACAUUGCAACUCCACGUGUUUGUCGACGCCAGCGAGCAAGCUUACUCCGCGAUGGCAUACUUUCGUCUGGAGGAUCGCGGUCAAGUCCGGUGCUCACUAGUGGCAACCAAAACGAAGGUCGCACCUCUACAGCCGCUUCCCAUCCCACGUCUCGAAGUUCAGUCGGGCGUAACUGGAUCGCGCUUGCGGAAGACCAUCGAGGACGGACACUCACUCCCUAUUUCGAAGGUCGUUUUCUGGUCGGACUCCAAGACGGCACUGCAGUGGAUCAGGUCAACCGACCUCCGCCGAUUUCGCCCGUAUGUGGCGUUCCGGGUCAACGAGAUCCUGUCACUGUCCAAGGCCGCCGAGUGGAGAUACUGUCCAUCGCGCAUGAACGUCGCCGACGAAGCUACGAAGUGGGAAGAAGACUGGCCCGAAGACUGCCUCGAGCGGGUUGAGGCGACGGAAGAACUCAGGCCAGCGUUCAUGUUCAGCCACUUCGUGGUCAAGCCCAUCAUUCGACUGGAUCUGUUUUCGCGAUGGGAACGCCUGCUGAGGAUGGUCGCCUACGUCCAUCGUUUUCUCGCGCGCAGACUGAAGCUGAAGCAGGAAACCUGUCCGGGCGCGCUGACACGUCGCCACGCUGAACCAGAACCUGCUAGUGCCAGCCGAGAAACGAGAGUGUCUGGAGACGUCAAGCAGCAUAUUGAAGUUGUCCCCUCUGCUGGACGACAGCGGAGUGCUUCGAGCUGGAAGUCGCUUGAGGCCGCCGAGUUCGCCGCGUUUGACGCCAAGUUUCCCGUGAUUCUCCCGAACAAACAUCGCGUGACCUGGCUGCUCGUGGACUCCUACCACCGAAGAUUUCGCCACGCAAACAACGAGACGGUGGUCAACGAGAUACGGCAGAAGUUCAACAUACCGAAGCUGCGGGUCCUGAUAAGGCAGGUGGCGAGCGUGGACUACUUCGGCCCGGUCCUGAUCAAGGUUGGACGCAGUGUUGCGAAACGCUGGGUGGCGCUUUUCACCUGCUUGACGAUCCGCGCAGUUCACCUGGAGCUCGUCGCGAGCUUGUCAACGGACUCGUGCAAGAAAGCAAUCCGCCGGUUCAUCGCGCGACGUGGAGCGCCGCAGGAGAUAUACUCGGACAACGGUACAAAUUUCCAAGGAGCCAGUGGAGAGCUGUCGAAGGAAUUAGCCAAGGUCAACCACAACGAACUCAGCAGCACAUUCACGGACACGCACACCCAGUGGCGAUUCAACCCGCCGGCCGCGCCGCACAUGGGUGGCUGCUGGGAACGAAUGGUAAGAUCGGUGAAGGCUGCACUGAGCGCAAUCCCGGUGGAACGUAAGCUGGAUGAGGAGUCGCUGGUAACCCUACUAGCGGAGGCGGAGCAUAUGGUCAACUCGCGCCCCUUGACUUUCGUGCCGCUGGAGAGCGCAGACAGUGAGUCCUUGACCCCCAACCAUUUUCUCAUGCUGAGUUCGAGCGGUGUUCAGCAGGCCGUCAAGGAUCCUGUCGGCGUAUGCGCGGCUAUCAAAAACAGCUGGAACAGUAUCCAGCACACACUGGACGAGUUCUGGAGCCGCUGGGUGAAAGAAUAUCUGCCGACGAUCGCGAGGAGGACUAAAUGGUUUGAGGAGGUGAGACCAAUCAAAGAGGGCGAUCUCGUGCUCGUUGUGGACGAAGGACAUCGGAACGGGUGGCUGCGAGGACGCGUUGCAGGACGUAUCCCGGCAAGGAUGGCAGAAUACGUCGAGCGGAUGUACACACAUCGAAGGGUCUGGUGCGUGAGCGAGCAGUCGUCAAGCUUGCUCUGCUGGACGUUGGUGACGCUGAGGAUUCUGGUGCAGAUCAUCAUGCGACACGUGGGGGAGGAUGUUGCGAGCACACCGUGCCGACUGCGCCGACUGCGCCGACCGUGCCCCUCGGAUCAUCGCCCAAACGAGAUUGAAUAA